AUGGCGAAAAGAAAAGAAAGGAAAAUGUCAUCAACUUCACUCGUAUACUCAGAAGCAGCAGAAGCCGUAGCCAAUAUGGAAGAGCUCCUGACGCAGAUCCUUGAGUCGGUGCCAUUACGAUCUCUUGCUCGUUUCAAGUGCGUCUCCAAGCAUUGGCAAUCUCUCAUCAACAACCUCCGCACCCUCAGAAACCCCAGGAAGAAACCCCAGGAAGUUGGCUUUCGUCUCAAGAAAAACCGAUUCCAGGUCCUUCAAGAGCAUCCCUCUGGAUCAUCGUUGUUGAAGAUUAACGAUCGCUUCCGAGACGAUGACGUCCCUAGGUUGAAGAUUAUCCAGUCCUGCAAUGGCCUCUUUCUCUGCCGUGUUCCUGAAGGCAGAAGCAGAAAAGUAAACGGUUACAUGGUAAUAAGAAGUCAACAUCGUGGCGUAUAUGUUGUCAAUCCCACGACCAAACAAUUAUUGCGUCUUUGUUCUCCGACCUCUUGGUUUAGCACUUGGGAAAGUUAUUCUUUGGCUUUUGAACCUUCCAAAUCUCCACAUUACACGUCAGUCUGCGUGACCGCGCACCAUGAAAGUUCUUCAAGUCCCGGAAAAGUACAUAUAUAUUCGUCUAAGACUCGAAAGUGGAAACAUGUUACUGAUAUGCCUUCCUCCCCGAGUUACGGGGAGGAGCCUGUAUACUGCAACGACGCAGUUCAUUGGAUAAGAGACACAACAAGAUUAUCAUUCUGCAACAAAACUGGUAACUUCUUUAGGGAAGAAUCAGAUGUUUUGCACUACUUUGACAUUGGUGAAGAAAGUUUUCGAGUCGGGGCUGCUACUCCUCCUGUUCCCAUGGUUGUGAAAAACAUUCAGGUGAAGGAGUGUCGUGAUGGCGGAAAGAGUCCCAUUGAGUUUCCGAGAAUGUUUCAUAGAUACUUUGGGGAAUGCAGUGGCCGUUUGUACUUGAUUGAGAUUUAUAGUCAUUGUAAAACUCAGUUUGAUGUGGUGGAGAUGGAGAAGGACUACUCUGGUUGGUUUGUCAAGUAUCAUGUUGAUCUCAAUCCGAUGGCUCUUCCCCAACGUGAUUUGGAUCCUUUUGUUAUAUUGUGCCUUUCUUGUGAGACUGAGAGGGGAAAGGAUGAUGAAGUCGGGGAUUCUUCGACUAUUCUGCUGUUGCAUAUGCCCGGUAAGGUCAUAUCUUAUGAUCUCAGGAAUAAGAACUUCAUGACAUCUUCUGAGGUAGCUAUAGAGGAUACUAAAAUGUAUCAUGAAUUUGAUAAUUAUCCCUACAUGGAGACUUUGGCUUGUGUUUGA